AGGUCACCCGUUCAGAAGUAUCUGUUGCAGCAGCUGGCGCUGCUGCCAUGGCCAUGAAGCGCUUUCGCUCGCCCGUCCUUUCGCCCAAGGCGAAGGCAAUGUCGCUGCGCCGUGUCGCCAUCCGACGACACAGCGAUCAUCUCGUGGCGGCAACAGCUGAAGAGGCCAUGGUUACUUUUGCAGCUUCACAAGCUGCCGAGCACACAGAGAAUCCCAGGGCGACCAGCAAUCCCAAUGAAGAAACUGAUGAGAAAGAUGACGUUCUUCCACCUACCGCGGACCUUGACAGAUCUGGGUUGGCUCAAGCAGAGUCAGACAUUGCGGGUGAGAGUGAGACGAAAACAUAGAAGAAAGAUGAAGAAAGGCUGUUUCAAGCUGCAUGUUUUGAAUCCGGUGCAUGAAUGAAGGUGGGCAAUUCUGUGAUGCGCAAAAACAUGGAAUGGAAUCGAAGAGUCCAAACAUUGAACCUCCUUGUCCUAAAAUCUGGGUGCAGAGCUGCCCAUGAUGCUUUUCAAGAGCCCGAGGGCAGACAACAACUUCGGC